AUGCCAGUGAAAGAUUUUCCUGAAGAAUGCUGGGAAUUGGUCUUCAAAUUCCUUGGCCACAGUCAUAACUUGGAAUCUCUAUCUAUGGUUUGCAAGCAGUUCCUUUCAAUCACAAAUCGGCUUCAAUUCAAUCUCACAGUAUAUGAUCCAACCAUUCCACUCCUUCCUCGGCUAUUCUUGAGGUUUUCAAGGCUCAAAAUCUUAGACCUAAGUCAAGUAGGUGGCGACCAUCAGCAUGAGAGCUUGCUCCAUCAAGUUUCACAAUCUGGGUUGGACCUUGAUUUGCUUAAUCUAUCCAACCAGAGAACACUUCCUGUUGAUGGGUUGCGAGAACUUGGAUCAAAGAUGACAAAUUUGAGGGUUUUGAUAUGCUCAAACAUUGGUUCUCUGCAUGAUAGCCAUCUUGUAGUCAUAGCUUAUUGUUUCCCAUUUCUUCAAGAUCUUGAUAUAAGCUUUCCAUUGAACUCCCAAGCAUCUGAUUUUGGGGUACUGAGGUUGUCUUCCAUGCUUGAGAAUCUACACAAGAUUAAUGUUUCCGGUAAUCACUUAAUCACUGAUAAGUCCUUGCUCGCUCUGUGCCAAAACUGCAUGUCAUUGGAAGAAAUUUCAUUCUUCACUUGCUUUAAGAUAACACAAAUAGGCAUUGCCUCUGGAAUACGCCUUAGACCAAGUUUGACUUCUAUCUCCUUUAACAUUGAAAAGAAAAGAAUACAUGGACCUGGUUUGACCCUCAUACCCAUUGACUUGGAUUUGGUUGAUUCAUUCAGGAGCUUGAAAAGGUUAACUGCUAUUGAUUUGUCAAAUUCUUUUAUCUCAGAUGAGUUUCUCUAUUCAGUUGCAGAUGGUGGAAUCUCUUAUUUGUUAUCCAAAUGUCAAUCUGUUCAAUGCUUGGAUCUUCGAAAAGUUGACUUUCUAACUGAUCAAUGUAUGAGCAAGUUAUCUAUGUUUCUUCAUAGCUUAACUUCUAUAAACCUUAGUGGUUGUUGCCAGCUGACCAGGUCAACAUUUUUCAUACUCACAAGAAACUGUCCUUUGCUUAGUGAGAUCAAAAUGGAGAGAACAUAUAUUGGGGUAGAAGAUUCAAAUUCAAAGGUGGAUGUUGUUAUCAACCUUGAAGUGAAGACAAUUUAUUUGGGUGAUAAUGUUUUACUGAGUGAUGCAAAUGUAAUAGAAUUUACUUCUAUUUGUCCCAGUUUGCAGCUACUUGACUUAAAAGGAUGUGAGGGUGUUUCAGGUGAAUGUGUUGUUGAGGUUUUGAAGAGAUGUGAGAUAAGGCAUUUAAACAUGGCCUAUACAGGAAUGAGAGUGUUUGAUAUAGACUUUGAAGUUUGCCAACUGAAGGUGUUGAACUUGUCAGGGUCAAGAAUUGAGGAUGAAGCACUAUCAAUGAUCUCGAAGAGGUGUAGUGGACUAGUGCUUCUGGAUAUUCAUAGUUGUUGGCAUGUUACAGCAAAGGGGGUGAGGGAAGUAGUUGAAAACUGCAAGGCAUUGAAAGAGUUGAAUUUAAAGAAUUGUGGGUUGGUGAGUGAUGAUUUUGUGGCUUGGGUGGCCAUUUCAAGGCCAUCAUUGAGAAUAAUAAUCACACCUUCUGGUGUUGGUGCUUAUUGCUGAUCAGAACCAGAGGAAACAAUAAUCACACAUCAUUGUUAGUGAAGU